CCGCUAGCAUUCGCGUUUGACAUUGACGGUGUUCUUCUUCGAGGAGAAGACGUCUUACCAGCUGCCAAGCGAGCUUUGCGCACACUUGAAGGUGACAAUCCUUUCAAAAAGAAAAUUCCAUAUAUCCUUUUGACCAAUGGCGGUGGCGUUAGCGAAGAGGAACGGUGCAAAAAGUUGUCCUCACAAUUAGGAGUGACCAUCAAUCAGCGUCAGUACAUCCAGGCUCACACAAUCAUCAAGAAAUCCGCUCACAAAUACGCGAAUAAACCAGUACUCGUCCUCGGUGGUAAGCUGGAUAAAGUACGCAAGGUAGCUGAAAGCUACGGCUUCAAGAAGGCAUAUACCACACUCGACGUUCUGGCAUGGAACCCCGCUGUCUGGCCUUUUUACGAUAUUUCACAAGGAGAGCGCGAAACAACAAAGGCAGUAGACUUCAGUCAGACACCAAUAUCUGCAAUUUUCGUAUUCCACGACCCACGAAAUUGGGCACUAGAUGUUCAAGUCAUCUGCGAUGUGAUCUUGUCUGGCGGCAUAAUCGGUGGCCCGCCAGUUCGUUUCGACGAGCGGACUGACAAACAGCAAUCCGUACAACUUAUCUUCUGCAAUCCCGACCUCGUGUGGCGUUCUGAUUUUGAUCGCCCGAGGUUGGGUCAGGGAGCAUUCAAAGAGGCGUUCCAUGCAGUUUUUUAUGCUCUGACCGGAUCAACAUACCCACAUGUGCAAUAUGGAAAACCCACGGGACCAACCUAUGCAUUUGCUCAGGAUGUAUUGACACAUGAAUUGGAAUCACUUUACGGAAUUAGAAGUCCACUACCAAACAUGUUUAAUUUCUCAGACAACCCAGAGUCAGACAUCGCAGGCGCCAAUGCAGCCAACUGGUCUUCUAUACUCGUUCGCACUGGAGUUUACAGUGCAGACCAGGGGCCUCCGAUACAUACUCCUCACCAUCAUGCCGGGGACGUCGGAGAAGCUGUGUGGUGGGCCAUUGAGCGAGAGUAUCGC